AUGACUCAUCCAAGAAAACCACCUAUUUCCAAAGCCACACCUCUCAAGCAAAUUGCAUCUGAGAUCAGCCCGUACAGUCGAGGAAGGGAAAACACUACUGGGGGCGUCUCCCUAAUGAUUGGUUAUCUCGGGUUUGAUGGAUUUACGAGCACAUUCCAAGAUAAAAUUUUUAAAGGCUAUGAUAUGGAUAUACACAACCAAAUAUUCUACACAACAUUAUGUUCUUGUAUUCUUAGCUUUACAGGUCUUAUAUUACAAGGACAUCUACUUCCAGCUAUAGAUUUUGUUUAUCGCCAUAAUGAUUGUUUCUUUGACAUCACAUUGCUUUCCACUGUUGCAACCGUGAGUCAAUUUUUCAUUUCCUACACAAUUCGUAAUUUUGGGGCCCUGACGUUCGCCACCAUUAUGCCUCAAAAACAGUUGAUGAGUAUCAUGCUGUCAUGCAUCUGGUUCUUCCAUCCCCUUAGCUGGGAACAGUGUAUUGGAGCUGUUAUUGUCUUUGGUUACCUCUAUGCAAAAAGCUACUUGAGAAAAGCACCUCAAAGAUCUUCACCUUCAGAAGCUACAGAAAAUGGAGCUUCUAGGCCGGGCCGGUGUAGUAAUCGACGAUGA